GGGUCUGCUCAUCACCUCAGGGGGGGCACGCCGCAGCCGCCGCACCAGUUUCUCAGCGCUCGACCCUGAUAACUUCUAUCCAUUUCUAUAGAGGGGGAGCAUCCUCGGGUUCUGGAAGAGGCUUGCGGAGAGAGACCACCGGCUGGACCACCAGGUGGGAUGGAGUAAGGAUACCGGCGACUGGGCUGCAGGUUUUGACGGGCAAGCCAAUGGCACAGAAGAGGGAACGCUGGAUACGUUAGACUCUGGUAGACCCCUCUGCAAAGUCAACAAGGGAGGAUGGGCGUGUUGAUGUCCAAGAGGCAGACGGUGGAGCAGGUUCAGAAGGUCAGCAUAGCAGUGUCUGCGUUCAAAGACGGGCUGAAGGACCGGCCGCCCAGCAAGAGGAAGUCCGAGGGCUGCAUCCGGAAAGGGAGCAAAGCAGAUGUUCUGGACAAGGUCCUAGAAGAGGAGAAGGAUGGAGCUGACUCAGAUAGCGACUCCCCGUGCCAGUCCCAGCCUUGGCAGGACAACCCCAUCAACCGAGUAGCCUGGGAGAGACUGCGAGAUGGCAAAGGAGUAGAACCCGAGGAGUUCGAUAAAACCAAACGUUUCACCCCACCGGCCUUCAUCAGACCUACUCGGGCUUUGAAUGACGAUGAUCCUCCGGAGAUCAGCCUGGAGCAGCGAGAGGAGAUCUCCAACGAUGAGAUGUGUGAGAUUUGUGAAGUGUGGACCGCCGAAAGUCUCUAUCCAUGCCGGAUCUGUUCUCGGGUCUUCCAUGAUGGUUGUCUGCGCCGGAUGGGCUACCUGCAGAAUGACAAUGCACUUGAGGUCACGGAAAUGGCGCAUACAGAGACAGGAUGGAGCUGUUACUAUUGUGUAAGUAGAUCUUUAUUUUCUAUGUUUCACAUAGCGCACAUAGCGCACCAUCCGGACUUUGAUCUGGCAUUAUGUGGUUUGCUUUUGAAGAUGCACUGGCAGUUCGGACCUCCAUGGGAAACCGGCACCCCCAUUUCUGACUUCAGGAAGCGGAGAAGCUUCCGCAGGAUCCCCAGGGGUGAGAUCCAGAUGUUCAUCAUGCUCAUCGACACCUCCGUGGUGCUCACGACAUCUGAUGAGACGCGAGAGAGCGGAGCCACAGAACGCCUGCUGGGAUUCCUCCCUGAAUUCAGGUUCAGCAAGGGGCAGAGCGGG